AUGGAGUUUUCUUUCAAGUAUAUUCCACAAAAGGCAGUCAAAGGAAGGGCGGUAACAAAAUUUCUAGCAUAUCAUCCAUCUACUAAGAUAGAUUCAGAAAUAUGUGAUAAGGUGGAUAAUCUCUAUCUUGACUACACACCUUGGACUCUCAUAUUUGAUGGAUCAAGCACUCAUGAUGGAGGUGGAGCUGGAAUAGUCAUCAUUUCUCCGAAAGGAAGGAAAACCAAAUUUUCUUUCUUCUUGGAUUUCAAGUGUACAAACAACCAAGCUGAGUACGAGGCACUAAUUAUUGGGCUGGAGAUUCUGCUAGAGCUAAAGGUGGAGAAGGUCCAGAUUAUUAGAGAUUCUAACUUGAUACUUAGCCAACUAUCUGAAGAAUAUAGAUGUCUUAACUGGCGUCUAAGGCCUUUCCACUAUUUGGCCUUAGAUUACUUUGCCAAUGGAUUAGAUUUGGAUGAUUGGAGAACACUAAUUAUCCAAUUCCUGCAAGAGCCUAGAUCUAAGGUGGACAAGAGAAUUCAGCUUUUGGCGCCACAUUACAUUCUGAUUGAUGGGGACCUCUACAAGAAGAGUAAAGAAGAUGGACUUUUGUUAAGAUGCCUUGGAAAGGAUGAAUCCAUGAGGGUAAUGGCGGAAACACACCUUAGAAUAUGCGGAGCACAUCAAGCUGGAAUCAAGAUGAGGUGGCCCCUUAGAAGAGGGUGGGCUUUGGACUUUAUUGGAAAGCUAAGGCCUCCAUCUUCAAAUGGCCAUACUCAGAUAGUGGUGGCAACAGAUUAUUUCACAAAGUGGGUGGAAGCCAUUCCACUAAAGACUUGUGAGCAGUCAACGGUGAUUGAUUUUAUCAAGAAGCACAUUAUACAUAGGUUUGGAAUUCCAGAGACUAUCACCACUGACAGAGGUCUUUCCUUUGUUGGAGGCAAGGUUUUGGAUUAUUGUGCUGAGUGUGGUGUACAAGUGAUCAGCUCCACUCCAUAUUUUGCCCAGGUAAAUGGACAGGCAGAAGCUUCCAACAAAGUAAUUCUCAACAUCCUUGAAAAGAUGAUUGAGGAUUAUCCAAGGGAGUGGCAUCACUUGCUUUCUGAAGCUCUUUGGGCCUACAGAAAUUCAAAAAGGUCAAGUACAGGCGUCACACCAUAUGUGCUUACAUAUGGACAUGAUGUUGUCCUUCCAAUGGAGAUGACUAUCAGGUCUGCAAGGGUGGCUUUCCAAAAUAGGCUAACUCCAGCAGAUUACAGUUAUGCCAUGUUAGCAGAAUUAGAAGACCUUGAUGAAGUUUGCCUCAAUGCUCUAGAUAAUAUUAUUGCUCAAAAGAAGAAAGUCAUGCGGGCAUACAACAAGAAGAUCAAGGCAAAGACAUUUGUAAAAGGAGACUUGGUAUGGCAGGUCAAAUUUCCACCUGGAGUUAAAAGUUUGGAGUAUAGAAAAUGGACUCCUAAUUGGGAAGGUCCUUACUUGGUAGAACGAGUCAUUGGAAAAGGGGCUUAUAGAUUGAUGGAUAUAGAUGGAGGGUCUCAUAGGCAUCCUGUGAAUGGUCUGUACUUGAAAGAGUACCACCCUUCUAUCUAUGAAAACUGGAAAUCCACAAUCAUUCAACCGGGCAUGUAG